CCUGCUCCUUCAAUCACAUGCCCUCUCCCUCGCUAACCCUAGAAUCCUUGAAUUUUUUUUGUGCCCAAUUGUCCCGAUUCGUCGAUUGAUUGUCGCCUGGCAAUCUGCCCCUUUUCUCCAGUUUCUUCAGUGAUUUGCGUUUGCAUAGCAACAACCAUGGUUUCGGAGGCGAGCACUUCAUCCGGCGACAAUACCAACGUGGUUGUGGAGGCAUCACUAUCAGCAGGAAGGUCAUCUCCUUGCAAAAAGAAUCAAGGUAAAGUACCAAAGAGAGUUCACAAAGCCGAGCGGGAGAAACAAAAGCGUGAGCAUUUGAAUGAGCUUUUCCAAGAUUUGGCAAGUGCACUCGAAUUGAACCAGCAGAACAGUGGCAAGGCCUCUAUACUGUGCGAAGCUGGUCGCCUGUUGAAAGAAAUAUUUGGCCAAAUUGAGGGUCUUAAAAAGGAGAACGUUGCUCUCUUAUCUGAGUCUCGCUACGUGACUGUCGAGAAGAAUGAGCUGAAAGAGGAGAAUUCUGCCUUAGAAGCCCAAAUAGAGAAAUUGCAGAACGAGCUAAGAGCCCGGGCAGCAGAGUCUAAGCCUGAUCUGAAUGCACCUCCUCCUGAAUGUGCCCAACCUGCAGCGACGGCUAGUUAUCCUGGAGAGACUACAGGGUUGACUACUGCGGAACCCCCAUUGCAGCAAACACAUGCUGUGAUCAUCGUCCCCCUUCAACCCGAUCUCUCGUCAUAUACCGUGCAUGCCCCUGCACAUGUGAGUAAACCGCACCCAAGAUACCCCACGCCUGCAGAUUCAUGGCCGUCGCAGCUCCUCGGCGACCAAACCGCCAGGAGGAAUGGACUCCCAAUUAGUGGUGGCAAUAAUGGUUGCAGCAAUAGGGAAAAUGGCCCUGAUGAUGGCAUGUAAAACUCGGUUUUAGACUUUUGAGAAUCUGUACCAUUGUAUUCUUGAAUUUGCUCCUUUAGCUUUCUCCCCUUUAGCACCUAGGAUCGGCAGUUUGUACAUGGAUGACGAUGGAUAAGGGUAAAAAUUUCAAACUUUGAAAUGUUU